GCAGGACUGAGCAGACUGUAGUUCCAGUGCUGUAGGUGGGCGCGAAAUCUCCAAUCAGGUUCUUCUUACGUGAAACAGAAAGAAAAGAGAGUCGUUCUGCACGAGUCAAGACAUCCAUGGCACACUGCAAUGGAGAUACCAAGCAGGAGAUCACAGGGGACCCCAAGGAUGGGCCACGUCACACCGAGGGAGCUGUAGUAAUUCUAGAUGCAGGAGCUCAGUAUGGAAAAGUCAUCGACAGACGUGUGCGGGAGCUCUUUGUACAAUCUGAGAUCCUGCCACUGGACACCCCUGCUUUUGCAAUCCGGGAGCAGGGCUUCAGGGCUAUUAUCAUAUCUGGAGGACCAAACUCUGUCUAUGCUGAAGAUGCCCCUUGGUUUGAUCCAGCUAUUUUCACGAUUGGCAAGCCGGUCCUGGGUAUCUGCUAUGGCAUGCAGAUGAUGAAUAAAGUGUUUGGAGGCACUGUUCACAGGAAAAACGUGAGAGAAGACGGGGUCUUCAAUAUCAGUGUGGAUAAUUCAUGUUCUCUGUUCAGGGGCCUUCAGAAGGAAGAGCUGGUGUUGCUCACACAUGGAGACAGUGUGGAUAAAAUAGCUGAUGGCUUUAAGGUCGUCGCCCAGUCUGGGAAUAUCGUUGCAGGUAUAGCUAACGAACAGAAGAAGCUCUUUGGUGUCCAGUUCCAUCCUGAGGUGGAUCUAACCGAACGAGGCCGGGAGAUGUUAAAAAACUUCCUCUUUGAAAUAGCAGGCUGCAGUGGCAACUUCACAGUCCAGAACAGAGAAGAAGCAUGUAUUCAAGAGAUAAAAGAAAAAGUAAACCAUUCCAAGGUUCUGGUUUUACUUAGCGGUGGUGUGGAUUCCACAGUGUGCACAGCCUUAUUGAACAAGGCUUUGAAUCAAGAGCAGGUGAUAGCUGUGCACAUCGACAACGGCUUCAUGAGGAAGAGAGAGAGCAAGUCUGUAGAGGAGGCACUCACAAAGCUGGGCAUCAAUGUUAAAGUGGUAAAUGCAGCCCACACAUUCUACAAUGGCACAACCACGCUGCCGAUUUCAGACGAAGACAGAACUCCCAGAAAGAGAAUUAGUAAGACGUUGAAUAUGACCACAAACCCAGAGGAGAAGAGAAAAAUAAUAGGAGACACCUUUGUCAAGGUUGCUAAUGAAGUUAUUGGGGAGAUGAAUCUGAAGCCGGAUGAAGUUUACCUCGCUCAGGGAACAUUACGACCUGAUUUAAUCGAAAGCGCUUCAGCGAUUGCCAGCUGUAAAGCCGAAGUUAUUAAAACCCAUCACAAUGACACAGAGCUUAUAAGAAGACUGAGGGACGAGGGCAAGGUAAUUGAGCCAUUGAAGGACUUUCACAAGGAUGAGGUGCGAGCACUUGGCAGAGAACUUGGUCUUCCUGAAGAUAUUGUAUCCAGGCACCCAUUUCCAGGUCCUGGUCUGGCUAUCCGGGUGAUAUGUGCAGACGAACCUUACAUCUGCAAAGACUUUGCAGAGACUAACAACAUCCUGAAAAUUGUAGUAGAUUUUUCAGCCAGUGUUAAAAAACCACAUACCUUGUUGCAAAGGGUAAAAUCCUGUAUAUCUGACGAGGAACAGGAGAAAUUAAUGCAGAUCACAAGCCAACAUUCACUCAAUGCCUUCUUGCUGCCAAUCAAAACUGUGGGAGUCCAGGGAGAUUGCCGGUCCUAUAGCUAUGUGUGUGGCAUAUCCAGUAAAGACGGCCCUCACUGGGAGUCUCUGAUGUUCUUAUCCAGACUAAUUCCGCGCAUGUGUCACAGUAUCAACCGAGUUGUCUACGUGUUUGGACCACAAGUCAAAGAGCCUCCUACGGAUAUCACUCCCACUUUCUUAACAACAGGGGUUCUCGGCACACUCCGGCAAGCAGACUUUGUGGCCCAUGUCAUCCUCAGGGAGUCGGGUUACGCUGGUAAAAUCAGUCAGAUGCCUGUUAUUUUGACCCCUGUACAUUUUGAUCGGGACCCCUUGCAAAAACAACCUUCAUGUCGAAGGUCAGUCGUUAUUCGAACCUUCAUAACCAGUGACUUCAUGACUGGCAUUCCAGCCACACCGAACAACCAGAUUGCAGAAGAGGUGGUAUUGAAAAUGGUGAACGAGAUUAAGAAGAUUCCUGGUAUUUCUCGAGUGAUGUACGACCUUACAUCCAAGCCUCCGGGAACCACCGAGUGGGAGUAGGAUUCUCACGUUGUACUGUCUGUGCAGCCGAAAUGCCCUCCCCAAGUAGAACAUUCCCAGUGUUGACAUGCAGUGCUGUUUGACUGGAGCUGAGGCAUUGCACCUGUUUCACUUGUUUUUUUCCCUCGUGACCAUAAUCUCAUAAAUUCACUGUGUUGGGAUGGAGGAAACCCAUGGGGCAGAGGACCUGUAUGGGUAACACAAGACACGGCAUCUGGUCCUGGUUGAAGAAAGAAUAAAAGUAUUGCUUUUGCCUUUGUAAUAUUAUUCAUUAUGCCUGUUUUGUUUUUGUCAUUGCUGUCAGUUUUGUGUGUUAUGAUAUGAGACUGUUCAUUUAAUCUACUUAUACAGUACUAGUUACCAUUGUUACAGCAAGAAUAAUGUCAAAAUAAUUACAGGUGUGACAGGUUUAAUUUUAAACAGAUUUAUUAAAACAGGUUUUUUUUUUUUUUUUUUUUUUUUUUUUUUGGCCAAACAGAUUUUGGGGGGAGGGGGUGCUGGGCAUCAAAUGCUCCAGUUUAUUUAAUUUUUUUUUUUUUUUUUAGAAUUAAGUACAGUCUGAAUAUAUUUAUGGGGAGGUGACUUUGCCACUGAAUGAAAUAUAUAUAUUAAAAAUAAAAUCAUGAAAUAGGAUGUGAAUAUUAAGCUGGGUUGUGGAGUUGUUCGCUUUUACUCUGACCGUGCUUACUGUAUCAUAUUCCAUGUUGCAAUGUAUUGUACUAAACACGGAGAAGAGCCUGAGCACAGUAAUCUGAAGUCUGCACCCAGACCUAGGGGUACAUUAGCAUCCAAGUCUUUCAAUGAUAUGUGGAUUAACGUUGCACACUGUAUUGCUCUAUUCUGCUAAUACAUCUGCCAGACAGCUCAUUCACGAAGAUAUAUUCUGAUGGAACAAUUUGUUUGGGGUGGGGGGGUUAAAUGUCUAGUAUAUUUUAAAUAACAGUGGUUCUGUAGAUAGAGUAUAGAACUACAAUAUCAAUUUGUUCUGUGUCUUAACUGAAAAAAGAGAGUUCUUAAUCCUAUGACUUUUUUUUUUUUUUUUUUAAAUGUCAAUUUUACAUAACAUUCUCAUUUAAAAAAAUAAAUAAAUAAAUAGCUUAUAACUAAUGGGCAUUUAUUUUGGUAGUUUUUGUUUAUAAUUGCAACACUUUAAUUUAUGCAAUUCUGUGUAUGACGAUUAUUCUAAUGUUAAAAACAGAAUAAAACGGUGCUUUUUCAUAUUGUAACAUGCCUACAAAAGUCCACUGCAUGCAAAGUUUCAACAUUAAAUUUGUAUAAAGGAAAA